UCGCGCCCACCUCUGCGCGGUUGCGUCAGGGGCUCUCGGGCUGCGCUUUCCUUCCCCGCCGUUUGGGGUCUUGCGCAGGCGCAGUGGCUGUGUACCUUUUUAAAGUCUCUCUCUCUCCGCCCUCUCGGGUUACGCAUCACUGGGGAGGCCGCGGGGGGCUCGCGGUCGCCGUCAGCAUGGGGAGGAAGUCCAGUAAAGGCAAGGAGAAGAAGCAGAAACGGCUGGAGGAAAGGGCAGCCAUGGAUGCUGUCUGCGCCAAGGUUGAAGCGGCAAAUAAACUGGGAGACCCCUUAGAAGCUUUUCCUGUGUUCAAGAAAUACGACCGAAACGGACUAAAUGUUUCUAUCGAGUGCAAACGUGUAUCCAGUUUGGACCCGGCUGUGCUUGACUGGGCGUUUGAGCUGACCAAAACGAACAUGCAGACCUUGUACGAGCAGAGCGAGUGGGGGUGGAAAGACCGGGAAAAACGGGACGAAAUGACCGACGACCGGGCUUGGUACUUGAUCGCUUUGGAAGACGGCUCCCUCCCCGUGGCCUUCUCGCAUUUCCGCUUCGACGUCGAAUACGGAGAGGAGGUGCUCUAUUGCUAUGAAGUCCAGCUGGAAAGCAAAGUGAGAAGGAAAGGCUUGGGCAAGUUCCUCAUUCAGAUCCUGCAGCUUGUGGCAAAUAGCACACAGAUGAAGAAAGUCAUGUUAACAGUGUUCAAACAUAAUCACGGAGCCAACCAGUUCUUCAGAGAUGCUUUACAAUUUGAAAUAGACGAUACCUCACCGAGCAUGUCUGGCUGCUGUGGGGAAGACUGCUCCUACGAAAUCCUCAGCCGAAGAACAAAAUUUGGGGAGAGCCAGCAGGCUCACUUGGGCACCCAGUGCGGGGGCUGCUGCCACUGAGGUGGCCCUUCGCGCGUUCUCAAAGAAUCCGUCUCCCUCCACGUAAGCGUGCCUUUCUCGUGGCUUUUCUCUGACCCGCCCCCGGCCUCCUAUUCUUGCUGCGCUCUCCAGCCAAGACAAACGAACUUCUGUGUUACAUCCUGACUGCCAGGAUGAAAGAUCUUCCUCCAUAUCGGAGGUCCUUUAAAUCAAAGCCGAGUGGAACGCUUGGGCCUGGUGCUCGAUCUUGUCGACCCGCAGCCCUGAACUGAUGGUGUGAGCCCAGGCAGCGGAUUUCCUUUUUUUUUUCCCUCUAAAAUUUAUGGUUACUGCCUAAAGCCAUCAAGAAGAAUAGUCAGCCUUUCUGCCCGGACGAAGAAUAGACUAUGGCAGAUCACGGCAACUUUUUCUCAUUCUGUAUUGCUUUUGUUCCUCUCUGUUCCCCUCCUCCUCUUUUUUUUUUCAUUACAAAAUUGAGUUUGCAAUUUUGUCAGAGAACUACAGUGGGUAGCAAAAGGAAUGCACUUCCCCUAAGUCAGUGCUUGGGAAGAUGUUGAAUUUCUCUGGGCGUGUGUUUGGAAGUGGCUGCGCAUGCUUAUAGAAUAUUUUUAGAACCAGGUCCUCAGGAACACACAGAUUUUUAGAACCAGGUCAUCAGGAACACACCACAACUCUUUAUGCUUUUCUCCUCGUCUUGUGUAUUUGAGGAAAGUAUCGGCGUGAAUGGACUGCCCCGGGCAGCUUGCUCUCGGUGAAUCCCCAAGCCUGGGUCUUCAGCCCAACAAAGAUUGCACGAUUUCUUCUGGGCCGACUGCACUAGAAACAACUCGGAGCGGUUUUCUUGUCCGAAAGUCUCGGUUGAAACAGUCGUGCGACAGCAAAAUAAUGCCAGUUCACUGGGCGCGUCCUUGUUGUUUAGGGUGCCCUGUAUACACUUUGGCCUUCAUAUCACAAAAUGGUGUGCUGCUUUGGCGUUUAUUGGUCCUGGACGUUGCUGAACAUGAGCUAAUAUGUGAGUUUUUAGCCUCAUAUAUUCAGAUGUAUAUAAAUGAAUCUCUAGUGCAGUGUUUCUCGACCUUAGCAACUUUUAAGAUGGAUGGAAUGCUGGCUGGGGAAUUCUGGGAGUUGAAGUCCACCCAUCUUAAAGUUGUUAAGGUUGAGAAACACUGCUCUAGGGCUAAUGGGGAAGGCGGCGUGCAAACUUUUCUAUGGGUAGUCUCUCUCUCGUGGUUUAAGACACAGGGCUUCUAGAACAAGGAUGGGAAUUCUCUAUCAUGUCGGAAUCUGAUUCUUCAUAGCCAAGUUGUAUGGGGCCAGUUCUCUCCACACCUCACCCAACCAUGUCGUUGCCGUCUUUCCUCCCUCUGCUGGCUUUCAGAUUGAUAGGCAGAAGGCCUCAGAAGGUGGGAAUUCUCUGGUACAACUUUCUGGUAGGUCCUUUAAUGCAUUAUUUCCCCGUCUAAGACUAGGGCAGCCCGAAACCUGGGUCUGCUCUUAAUUCCAUCCUGCUGGUACAAGCAGGAUGAAGAGAUGCUUUCACUUGGAUGAGUCAUCGGGUCAUCUUAGCAUGCGUGUGUUUUGUAAGCAAGUGUGCAUGGACAGUCACCUUUCCCAAACACCACCAACACCAUCAUCUGGAUCUUAUUUAACAGCCUGUAAGAGGAUAUGGAGAUCAGUAGCUCCUACUUAAACAAACAUCACUGGGUGGACUUAAUGUUUUUUUUAUGUAUCAGUGGAUUUUUAAAGUCAUACUUCUAAAUUAAAUUGUUUCCUUUUUUUGCAAAAGAAAUAUUAAAGAUGGUUUUGGAACUGUGGCUAAGCUAAAAACUGCCAGGAUAUACUACCCCAUAAUGGUACACUGAUUUAUCAACAUUAUGGGGCACACUUUUAGAUUUUCUGUAGUUGGAUCUCCCCCCCCCACAAAAAAAAAAAAAAAACUAGGAAAGGUGGUUGAGCAUGUUGAAUGUGGCAUGCAGAAUACUUUUAUGUUUUUAAGCUGAAAUAAUACUGUUGUAUUCCUUCGUAUAUCUAGUGGGUAUUUCUUUCCUCAUUUAUUUGCUCUGUUUUUGCAUUUUGGGGUUGUUUUGUUUUGUAGGGUAAAUUUUAAGAUAACUCCUCUUUUUAGCAAAUAACUUUCACUGGAAUCAAAGGGAACAACCUGAUUUUUUUUUUAACGAAAAGGUUUAUUUUAUUUGUCUGUUUCAAAAAUAAACAUUCUGUUUGCUCUCCA